AUAGGGCAGACGGCGGUCGUUACGUCAGUGAUCGGAGGCGGGGCCACGGAGGCGUCGAGGCCACAGCGGCCAGCAGUGUUCGCGGAGGCGGCGGCAGAGCUGCAGCUGAGCAGAGGCGAGGCGAGCUGAGCUCAGCCGGUGCUUAGCGACGGCGGCCCGGGUUGCAGGAGGAGAUGGUGGGCCCCGGGCUGGAGUACCGUGUGGUGCGCGGCAGCGCGGCCGACUGCUCGCGCGUGGAGAGCUUCCUGCGGCGCGUGUUCUACCCGCGCGAGCCGCUGUGCGCCGCGCUGGGCUUCACGGCGGGCCCGGCGGACGCGGCGGACAUGCCCGCGCUGGACGACCUGCGCGCCGGCUGGUCGCUGCUCGCCGAGCGCCGGCACGACGGCGUGCUAGUCGCCGCCUGCAUCUGCGCGCUGCUGCAGCCGGCCGAGGACGGCGGCGCCGCCGGACACCACCGGCAGUUUGGGGACGAGCGCAUGGCGGAGAUCUGGCGCGUCGUGGGCGGUGCGCACGCGGCGGCCGGGCUGGAGGGGCGGCGCGCGCUAGACGUGUCGCUGCUGGCUGUGGACCCCUCGUUGAGGGGCGCCGGGCUGGGCCUGGAGCUGCUGCGGCGCGCCGCCGACGUGGGCCGCGAGGCCGGCGCCCCGCUGCUCACUGUGGUCUGCACCAGCGCCUACUCGGCGCGCCUCGCCCACAAGCUGGGCAUGCGCUGCCUGCACAGCCUGCCCUACCACCAGGCCGGCCUCGCCCACCUGCCCCAGGAGCCGCACACGCACGUCCACGUCUACGCGCUGGACCUCUAACAGGCAUCCUACAGAAACUUCUCUUAGCCUGGAUGAAAGCGGGAUAAUGGAGGUGGAGGGACGCCGUCACUGGCAACACACAGGCCGGGCUGCUGGUCGCAAGCUUACGCGAAGUUUCGACGGCUGACGACCACAACUUCGGGAAAGUGUUUCCUGUCAUCCAGGAAAGAUGUAAUAGUGUAUGUCAGCGAAAUAACAGUACUGACUUUCAAAUGUGACACGAAAAGACUAUUUUCUGACGUUUUGCAUCGCGCAAGGACAGUGCAGAAUGUCUAAUGUUCUUUAAUGUAUUGAUAAUGUAUAUAAACAUUAAUAAGAGGGGAGAUACGAUGAAACAUGAAAAUAUAUAAUAAUCUGAAUGUA